UUAGAAGUACUCGAACGCACCCCAAUGUCCUCCCACCACGGUAGGAUCACAAUCCCAUGAUCAUGAUGAGGAUGCUUCGUUGUUAGAGAAGACAGACAAGCCAUGGAUGCGGACGGGCUGCCUCUCGUAGGUCCCGGGGUGGAUUACACCAAGGUAGAGGCUAUACACCAGAAGCGAACCCUAGCUUUCCUGAACCACUUUGUGAGCCACACUGCCAGUUUCCUGAACCGUUUUUCAUGUGUAUGUGAAGAGAAACUGGAUCACAUGUCCAGCCGACUACAGCAGCUGGAGAUCACAAUGAAUAUUCUAGAAGCCAAGCUUACAUCAAUACCUGGGUUAGAGAACAUCACAGCUCCAACAAGUGGAUCUACAGCAGCACCAGAUGUCCCAACAAGUGCCCCACAAUCCACCAAUUCUGCUGGCCAACAGGCAGGAGACAACCAACAAGGUGUUCCUCCACCUCCAGAUGUCCCAGAAGUUGCUCCAGUUCCAGUGGAGGAAGAGAAACCAGAUAAUCCUGUUUCUAAAGAUCCUCGCUAUGCGAAAUACUUCAAGAUGCUUCAAGUGGGGGUACCUGAAGCAGCAAUCAGGCCUAAAAUGAAAAUGGAUGGACUCAAUCCAGACUUACUUAGCACACCAGAUGCCCCAGCUCCUCCUGCCAAAAAGAGUGAUGACAGUGAUGAUGACUUCAGUGAUGAAAGUGAUAGUUUCAGUGACUAAACAUAAUCAAUGUAUAUUGUGAUAAUUCAUUCCAAGGUUUCAAUGACACUGGAGACUACUGUUUAUUUGGUGAUAACCUGCAGCAUUCUCAUUCAGCAGAGUACAAUAAAUUAUUACCUGGUAGUAUAUUGACUCAUCAUAAUCAUCAGAUACAACAGUGAUAAUCAAUUGAGCUGGACGUUGUCCCAUAGUAGACUAUAUCUACUCAAUGUCUAAUUACCCAUGAACUAAGAUGUUGUCAGAUUAUGACGAGUCACUGGUUAAAAGCUGUAGCGAGAAAGACCUUAAGUUUGCAUGUUUGGUCAAUUCAGUGGAUGCUAUAUGUAUUAAUUAUUUAUUUAUACAAUUUCAAAUAAAAUAAUAUUUUACAU